GCCCAAAAAGGUGAAUUUUUACUAAAAUCUUCUUUGUUUGUGUAGUGAUAUUCCCCUUUUCACACACACGGUUUUGCGUACACCUGCCUCCCAUCCACUUGAAUCAAAACAAAAAAUUCCCCCCAUUUCAACCACAAUAUUCAUCUUCAUUAUUCUUACUUCAACACAACAUCAAUUCUUCAUUCAUUUCAACCAUCUUUCCAUUCAUAAUCUGUUAAAAACAUUUAUGGGUCCUUCCUGAAAUCACUCAAAACAUCCCCUAAAUUUACUACUUUUUUUUUUAUUUUUAGUUUAACCUAAAUUCUCUCAAAUUUGCUGAAUUUGAGGUUUUGGGUUAAUGGGUAUGAUCAAGAUUGGUUAAAGUUUGAAUCUUGAUUCUUGUAAAAAUCUGGUAAUUUGGUAAAUUCUCCAAAAUUUGCUGUGAAUUACUGGAUUUGAUGUUUUAGGCAUCUGGGUAUGAUCAAGAUUGAUUAAAGUUCUAAUUUUGAUUCUGGGUUUAAUCUAGAAAUUUGGUAAGUUUUCUCUAAUUUGCUGAGAAUUACUGAAUUGGAGGUUUUAGGCUUCUGGGUAUGAUCAAGAUUCAUUAAAGUUUCAAUUUUGGUAAAUUCUCCAAAAUUUGCUGUGAAUUUCUGAAUUUGAGGUUUUAGGCUUCUAGGUAUUAUCUAGUAAUUUGGUAAAUUCGCCAAAAUUUACUGUGAAUUACUGAAUUUGAGGUUUUAGGCAUCUAAGUAUGAUCAAGAUUGGUUAAAGUUCUAGUUUUGAUUCUGGGUUCAUUCUAGUAAUUUGUUAAAUUUCCCAAAUUUGCUGAGAAUAUCUGAAUUUGAGGUUUUAGCUUUAUGGGUAUGAUCAAAAUAGGUUAAAGUUCCAAUUUUGGAAUCUGGGUUCAUCUUAUAAUUUGUCAAAACAAACAUUUGUGUAAAAUCUUGGUGGAUUUUGUCGAUAUGACGGUUAGAAAAUCCGGUGUACAGAUGGAUUACUGGAGGGAUUAUUUUCGGAGUGCGAAUGCGAAUAUUUUCGAGAUCAUUGAAGGAGCGAUUAUGUUAGCUGCUUCUGAUUGCCCUAAAGAGUUUAAAGUUAGGAGAGAUAGCAUUGCUCAGAUUUUAUUUUCUUGUAGAUUGAUCAAGUGUUCUGGUUGUGAUAAAGAGGAGUUAGCCUUACCGGUAGAUAAUCAAGAUCAUCAUCAUGAUCAUGAUCAUCAUCAUCAUCAUGAUGGUGAUGAGGGGGUUAGGUAUAAGAGUAAGUUAGUUGAUGUUGAUAGGAAUUGUAGUAAAGAGAGUAGCAAAGUGAUUAAUUGUUCUCGAAACGAUGAUAAUGAUGAUCAGCGUAAUCAUCAUGUAGAUCAUCAAGUAAGCAAUUACAGUUACGGAGAUGCAGAAGCUUUGACCGACGAAAUCGAACAAGAAUCGCAAACUUUCGGUGAGGUUAUGAGGAUUAAAGAGAUUGUUGAUAACAGCCCUGAUGAGUCUGCUUCGGUUUUAUGCAAUUCGUUAAGGAAGCUUCAGUUGAUGUCAAUAUCCGUCGAAACACUCAAGGCAACCGAAAUUGGAAAAUCUGUUAAUGUUCUUCGAAAACAUGCCUCAAAAGACGUUCGUCAAAUUGCAAGAACACUAAUUGAAGUGUGGAAAGAAAUGGUAGAUGAAUGGGUCAAUGCUACUGCAAAGAUGACCGUUUCAGAAAAUACCCCCGAGUCGAUGAAUCCAUCGGUUCUUGAUGAAGAGGAAGGUUUACCUUCACCUCCUUUAGACGAUUUAGCGUUUUUGAACCCUCAUUCAAUAUCGUUGGAAUUAUCCGAGAAGUUCUUUGAUGACGUCGAUGAUUAUGGAAAUCCUCGAAAAAAUGAGAACCGUAAUAACGGAAAGCCGCCGCCAGUCGAAAAGCAUAACGUAACCAAGUUGAAACAACAGAAACCGUUAAACGGAACAACCAAGGUCUCGAAACCAACCAUGGUCAAACCACCUGUUGUUGGCUCGCCACUGGGGAGACGAACGAAUCCGAAUAUGGACCGUAAGUUGCAAAACCCUGAAAAACCGAGUCUUCCGAAGAGGCCAGCGGUUCCUCAACAACGCAAACCGAUGUCUUUAGAUGGGGAAACCGAACAAGACAAGCUUGAAGCCACGAAGAGGAAGCUUCAAGAACGAUAUCAACAAGCCGAAAACGUGAAGAGACAACGAACCAUACAAGUGAUGGAGUUGCAUGAUCUCCCGAAGCAAGACGUUACCAUAAGAAACCAACAUACUAGGCCUGGACACCAUUACCGACAUUGGGCGAACAGUCGGUUUUAACCGCGACGGUUUUGCGGGGCCCAGAGACAUUAAUCAGAUAGCUUGCUUAUCCACCUAAUAAGAUUUUGGGGGUGUUAUUAGUUUAGCUUAAAUAUAUAUAAAGGAGGUGUCACAUUUGACUUUGUUGUAUAGAAAUAGCAUAUACAACCACCCCUUUAUUGACUUCUAUAUUGGCUUGUUGGGGCAGGAUAAUUACCCCCCCCCCCCCCCCCCCCCCCAACCACCCCACAACACAUGUGACAAGAGAGCAUAUUCUGAGACAAUUCACAUUACAUGUGUAUAACGUUUUUUAUUUAGAAAUUUAGACUAGACUCAUUUCACAUCU